CCAACAUCUUCACACUUGAUAUUUCCCGCUCUUCUAGUACACAUUCCCCUCGUAACCCCCUCUCUCCCCUAAAAAAAAAAACCCCUCUCUCUCUUUUCCUCAUUCUCUCUCCUCGCUGCUUCGGCCACCGUAGCACAUCCUUCUUUCUAUCUCAUCAGGGAGAAGGCGACGAAAUUGUAGUGUGGGAGUAGUUGUUUCUCAGGUUUUAAGUGGAAAAAGGGUUUUUGGGUUGAUAGGGUUUUUUCGAUGGGGAAGGAUGAGGAGGAGAUGAGAGGGGAGAUCGAAGAGAGGUUGAUAAACGAGGAAUACAAGAUAUGGAAGAAGAACACUCCGUUCUUGUAUGAUUUGGUGAUUACCCAUGCUCUUGAGUGGCCAUCUCUUACUGUUGAGUGGCUCCCCGACCGAGAUGAGCCUCCAGGGAAGGAUUACUCUGUGCAGAAGAUGAUUUUGGGGACCCACACUUCCGAGAAUGAGCCGAAUUACCUUAUGUUGGCUCAGGUCCAGCUUCCUCUUGAAGAUGCUGAGAACGAUGCGCGGCAUUAUGAUGAUGAACGAUCUGAUUUUGGUGGAUUUGGGUGCGCCAGUGGGAAGGUACAAAUUAUACAGCAGAUAAACCAUGAUGGAGAGGUCAAUCGGGCGCGUUACAUGCCUCAAAAUCCAUUCAUAAUUGCCACCAAAACCGUGAGCGCAGAAGUAUAUAUUUUUGACUACAGUAAACACCCAUCAAAGCCACCACUUGAUGGUGCAUGCAAUCCUGAUUUGAGGUUACGGGGCCACAACACUGAAGGAUAUGGUUUAUCAUGGAGCAAAUUCAAGCAGGGGCAUCUAUUGAGUGGUUCUGAUGAUGCUCAGAUUUGCCUCUGGGACAUAAAUGCAACUCCGAGAAAUAAAUCUUUGGAUGCCAUGCAAACAUUUAAGGUUCAUGAAGGCGUUGUUGAAGAUGUUGCAUGGCAUUUGAGGCAUGAAUACUUGUUUGGUUCUGUUGGAGAUGAUCAGUAUCUGCUUAUAUGGGACCUUCGAUCUCCAAUGGCUUUUAAGCCUGUACAGAACGUAGUUGCUCAUCAAAGUGAGGUAAAUUGCUUGGCUUUCAAUCCCUUUAAUGAAUGGGUUGUGGCAACGGGUUCUACCGAUAAGACUGUCAAGUUGUUUGAUCUAAGGAAAAUUAACACCGCACUACAUACUUUUGAUUGCCACAAGGAGGAGGUAUUCCAAGUUGGCUGGAGCCCGAAAAAUGAGACUAUCUUGGCUUCUUGCUGUCUUGGUAGAAGAUUAAUGGUGUGGGAUCUUAGCAGAAUUGAUGAAGAACAGACUCCAGAGGAUGCCGAAGAUGGUCCGCCUGAGUUGCUAUUCAUUCACGGAGGUCAUACCAGCAAAAUUUCCGACUUCUCAUGGAAUCCAUGUGAAGAUUGGGUUGUUGCCAGUGUAGCCGAGGACAACAUUCUUCAAAUCUGGCAGAUGGCUGAGAACAUAUACCAUGAUGAGGAUGAUUUAUCAACAGACGACCCAGCAGCCAACAAGGCCCCUUAGCUUUUGUUUCUGACGAUUCAGAACAGGUUUAAUUUAUGGAGGAUAGAUAUAUUUAGGGCCCCUGUAUUAGUAUUCUGGGUGCAGGAGUUUUCGAAGUUUAACCAGUCAUCGUUAUUCACAGAUGUCUACAUGUAUGAGUUGGUAAAUUAAGAUUGAUAUGUAUUACCAAUCUCUGAAUUUGUUGGGCAUAUAUGAUGAAUGGUUGGUUGUUUCAAAUUGUAUUUUGUUAGUAGUUUGGUGAUGUUUGAACUUAGAACCUCAAAAGUUCACAAGCGUCCUAUAGGUUCUACAGUGUAUUUUGUGAUCCUAUUCCAAUAUCUUUUGUACAUUAUCCUAUCA